AUGCCACCAGUCGCUCAUGACAAGGAAGGAGGGCAGUCGUCGUCUCUGAAGACUGCAAGCAAGGACUCCAAACAGCCGGUCCGGACCCGCUCGAGAGCGAACUCGAGCAGUGAAGGGUCAUCGAGUUCUGGAUUGACAUCGGACCUGAUGACACCCAAUGCGACUCCUAGAAACAAGUACACACAUAUUACAAUCCUCAAAUCGCUGAAUAACACAUUUGAGACCAAAAUCCUGGUCGUACCGUUCAAACCAGACGGCUUGAAAUUAGGAAGACCAAUCGCCAACUCUACACUGCCUCAGGGCGCGAAACAAGAUCUACAAUCGCAAGUAAGACCGGAUAACGGUAAUUUUGACUCAAGAGUUUUGUCCAGAAAUCAUGCCUCUCUCAGUUGCGAGCCCUUCUCUGGGAAAAUCUACAUAAGGGAUCUAAAGUCCUCAAACGGAACUUUUGUGAACGGUGCUCGAAUUACGCAAAACGACGUUGAACUCCAGGUGGGGGAUAUUAUUGAUCUGGGCACAGAUAUUGACGCAAAAUUUGAACACCGGAAGAUCAGUGCAUUGGUAGAGGAUAUUUCCGUCAUUCCACUGAUACACGACGAUGAUGUGUUUUUUAGUGGGAUUGACAAUACGAAAGGGACCUCAUCUAAUGGAUCCUCUUUUGCAAAUAAUAAAUUUGUGGCACCCAACGCUCAGCGAGCUGCAUUUGCAGCAGCGAUGUUUGGUGAUGUUAACAAUCUUGACUUGGAGGGAUCACUGUUAGGAUCGGAAACUGAGAUUUUGAGCGGUAUAUUCAUCAACAAUUCCAUUGGCACUAGCCCAAAUCUCAUAAACGUCAUAAAGACGCUGGUGACUGAAAUAUCAUUGGAAAGGCACGAAUACGAGAAAAUGAAAUCCAUAGAGAGAUUUCUGGUUCAAUUCUCUACCAGCUUAGAACACAUCAACAAGCUGCGAGUCGAGAAUAACGACAUGCAAUUGGUACAAUUGCAAAAUGCCCUCAAGCAAAAACUUAAUGACAAACAUGAUGCCUCAAUUCAAGUCCACGUCGAGCGGCUGAACAAGAUUGAACGAGAAAACGCGAAUCUACGAAACCAAUUAGAAGAAACGGAAAAGCACGAAUCCGAUGAAAUCACAGGCUUAAAACGAGAAAUUGAAGACCUGAACACUAGACUAGAGGUAGAGAAGUUCAAGAAUGCCCAACUGCGAAAAAGCAAUGAGGAAAUAAGAAACUCUACAAGGCGCUCACGGGAAGGACAGACCUUGAACAAAGCUGAUAGUAUAUCGGAAGACACCGGUAUAAAGAAGAACAGAUCCACGAUACUAUUAAGUGCCUUCACAAUAGGAAUAGUUGCCGCAGCGUUUCAGUAUAGCUCAAAAAAAUGA